AUGGUCAGUCACUUCCAGACCAUCGUGUCAGCAUAUAGCAUGAAACGAAAACAGCGGAGAUACAGGACCACGUUUAACUCUCUACAGUUGCAGGAACUAGAACGGGCCUUUCAAAGGACACAUUAUCCAGAUGUAUUUUUUCGAGAAGAGCUAGCACUGAGAAUCGAGCUUACGGAAGCACGUGUACAAGUGUGGUUUCAAAAUCGUCGCGCAAAAUGGAGGAAAAAUGAAAAAGGUAGCACCAUAGAUGAAGGUGAGGGUGAUCCGAGAGCAAACGAUAACAAUGGGAGUACUUCAGGUGCACAGCGAAACGCAUCGGAUGAUAUGGCGGCCGGUAUAAACUAUGACGGUGUAUCCCAGAAUAUGAACCUUGCAAGCAUGGGUCUGAACCUUCAAGAAAAUAACUCGCAAGUGCAAGGUUUCGACAAUGAUGGAAAACUUUCGUUGGGUCAAAUGUCGCCAGGUAGAUUAUCCCCCAAUCUGUUUCUGAAUCUUAAUUUCGAUCACAUCAACCCAGUCGAUGGACGAGGAGGUAAUCUGACUUUUGAGUGGAAUAGUUUUCCUACCACUAGCACACAAAGCAAACAAACUUCUUCCUACCCGUGUAAUAUUACCGAUAUGAGCGGUACAAUAUGUAACGCACCUCUUGGAUCUACGAUAUUAUCCUCAACAAGUGGGCCUUCUUCAUCAUCCGUCAAUAAUGGCCUUCAGUACAUGAACAUUAGCAGUUUAGUAAAUUCUUCACCACCUUCAUCCACGUCUGUCUACGACGACGAAAUGAAGUUCCUAAACGUCGACCACUUCAAUAUGGAUAGCUUUAAAAGUGAAUCACUAUUUAGCCUCGAUCAUACUUUACUCGCAACUAGCGAUCACCAGACCAGUCUUCAUCAAUCUCAUCAUAAUCAACAGUCUCAAACACAACAUUCUUUAGGCAUUAGUUGCCAACAUGAAGAGAAGACACAUCUUAGUUUAGAUCUCCACAAUUUCAACCUGAAUGAUCCCGAUCACGAUUCGGGUAAGACGGACAAAUCACCCUCCGAGCUGUUAGAUUUAGAAAAACCCAUCAACAUAAACAUCAACGUGGAUAGUCUAGACCAAUUAGAUGAGGAUAAAUAUUGAACUUAGUGAUAUUGUUUUAUUUAUUUUAAAGUUGUUUUUAGUUAAAACUAGUACUUAACUAGAGCUGUGAAUUGGCGAUAAAUUGGUCCUUAGUCAGUGCCUUCAAAUAAUUGUGCCAUGUUCUACAAUAGCGAUAAAGCAAAACCAUCACGUAGGAAGUGAAAUCUAGUCAUUGUCAUUGCGUAUUUAGUGAAAAUAGUUACCAACGGGCAACAGCCAGCGCCAGAAACCGUUGAAAUUUGUUGACCAAAGAAAGAAGAAAACCAAGAAAAAUCGAUAACUUUUCCAGUAGUGUUCAAUCCAGCAUGGGUACACACAUCAAAAUACACUCUAGCAGGUAGUUUAUGUUUUGUUUUAGUUGUGAAUAAAGUUCGA